AGUCGAUAGUCUUCUAUAAUCGAUAUUACACUCACACUCUCAUCCUCACCCAUGGUCCAUGCGCUAUUGGGUGUUCGUGGUGAAAUUUACUAACCUCACAUUAUUUCAUUACAUGGUUUUGAUUAAUUAUAUUAAUGUAGUAGUGAUUGUCAUUUAAACCAAAAUGCCCUUGAUUAUAAUGUGUGGCCCACCAUCGGCUGGAAAAACAAUUCGUUCGCUGGAAUUAAAAGAAUAUUUUGAAGGCGUUCUGAAGAAAAAUGUUCAUAUUGUGUGUGAAAAUGAUUUAAUUUCAGCAUCUAAUAUAACGAAAAAUGAAGUCUUCAACGAUUCUUCAAAGGAAAAAUCAAUUCGUGGCCAAAUCAAAUCUGAAGCUACAAGACUAGUAGGGAAAGAAGAUGUUGUUGUCGUGGAUUCUCAGAAUUAUAUUAAAGGUUAUCGAUAUGAACUGUAUUGCAUGACAAAGGCCAGUAAGACUACACAGUGCACAAUACUCUGUUGUGCACCCCAGGAGACAGCAUGGAAAUGGAAUUUAAAACGGGAAAAAAAUGAACAGUAUUCAGAAGAGGUAUUUAAUGCUUUAUAUCUGAGGUUUGAAGAACCUGAUAGUAGAAAUCGUUGGGAUACUCCGUUGUUUGUUGUGAAUCCUGGUGAUGACUUGCCUCUGUCAGAUGUGUCUAGUGCCUUGUUUGAACGCAAACCACCACCUCCCAACCAGUCAACACAGUGUCCUCCUCUUGCAUCAGCUAAUUAUCUUUAUGAAAUGGAUAGGAUUACACAAGAAAUAGUUUCGGCAAUUCUAGCAGCUCAGAAAAUGAAUAUUGAAGGAGAAGUUAAAGUUCCUGGAUAUUCGCAGAGUGUAGUUUUGAAUGCUGGUACUAGGGUGACUUCUGCUCAGUUGGCAAGGAUACGAAGACAGUUUCUCUCAUAUACAAAGUUGCAUCCUGGAACAGAUCUCUCAAGAAUUGGAAUCUUCCACUGUUUGAAUGAUGAUGAUGAUGAUGAUGAUGAUGAUGAUGAUGAUGAAGAUUUGAACGUUGUGGGCGGAGCAUCGCUCAGCAGUAAUGCACUGAGAGACGCUGACACUCAGACUCCCAGCGCUCAGCGACCCAUAGUAGUCAGCAACCCACGACGUUCAGAGACAGAACUGCUCAGAGGCAGCGCCAAUCGACGGCAGUUCCGCAGCGACGUCGGAUGGCGUUCCUCGGCCGUGGCGGGCAGCGGGGCUGAGGGGCUGAGGGGCUGA